AUGCCACCGGGUGCCGCAUCGCACAUCUUACAAAGGCAGACUUCCGGCAAUAGUCUUGCAUCAACGCGCUCAGUGCACGAUACUCAACUCUUCUUCGUAUCUCUUCCAGGGCUAGUCAUCAUGGUCAGCUUUUCAAAAAUUGCUUUCUUGGCCUCGUUGGCAAACACUGCCUGGUCUUCACCCGUGGACACGGCCGCCAGCCCUCUUGCGCUAUUCCAUGAACUCAAGAGCGUCCCUUCACAGUGGGUUAGCAAAGGCCAGGCUGACAAGAACGUCCCCAUCAAGGUACAAAUUGGCCUGAAGCAGAGCAACAUACAGGGUCUUCAAGAAAAACUUCUCGACAUCUCCAACCCGUCCAGGCCCAACUACGGCAAGUGGCUUUCCAAGGAAGAGGUUGCUUCGUACACGGCCCCCGCAGCCGGCAACAUCGAAGCUGUCAAGGCUUGGCUUGCUUCCAACGGUGUCACGGAGGUCUCGCAGCCUACCAAUGACUGGGUCGAGUUUACCGCGCCAGUCUCAGUCAUGGAGAAGCUUCUUGGCACCACGUAUCAGAUGUACACUCAUCCCGACUCCGCCAGUGCCCAGGGUAUCCCACGCACUACCAAGUACAGCGUGCCCAAGAACCUCCACAGCAUCAUCGACAUGGUUACGCCUACCACUGCCUUCUACAACCCCGUCAGGCCUGUCGCCGAGAAAGGCGCCAAAGUCAGCGUCGGCAGACGUGCCACUUGCGAUCCCAGCGCCAUCACUCCUUCGUGCAUCAACUCUCUGUAUGAUGUAGACUACACCAGCAAGGGCAACUCUCUCGUCGCCAGCACUCUGCUCAUUAGCCUUGCCGCUUCACACUCGGAUUACACCACCUUUUCUUCGGAUUUCGCCCCGGGCCUGCAAGACUUCCAAGAUGUUUCCGUGUCGUCGGGAAGCAAUCCAGGAUCCGGCGAUCAGAACACGCUGCUCGAAGGAAACCUCGACACGCAGUACGUCGGCGGCGUGGCAUACCCAAACCCCAGCGAGCUUCUCGCUGUCGGUCCCGAGACCAAUUCCGGAUUCGCAGAUGAGAUUGCGAACCUCGCCAGCUACCUGACGUCCGCGUCCAACCCUCCCACUGCUGUUUCCACAUCGUAUGACGGCGAGGAGCAAGGGUUUGACGGCAGCUACAUGGACCGCGUCUGCAACGAAUUCAUGAAGGCCGGCUCCCAGGGCAUUUCCGUUUUCUUCUCCACCGGUGAUUAUGGUGUUGGUGGCAUCGGCGAGUCUAGCUGCUCUCAGGGCUUCUACGCCAACUGGCCGCCUUCGUGCCCUUGGGUCACUGCUAUUGGUGGAACUCAGUUUGAUAACAACAAUAACGAAGUUGUCGCCGACUUUUCUCCCCAAAUUACGUCCCCUGGCGGCGGCUACUCGAACCACUUCUCGGCUCCGGAUUACAACAAGGACGUUACCAGCGCAUAUGCGAACUCGCUGGACUCCUCGUUCAACGGCUACUUCAAUCCGAGCGGCCGUGGCUACCCCGACAUUUCCCUGGUCAGCAAGAAUUACCAGGUUAUUGUCAAUGGCCAAACACUCUACGCUCGUGGCACGUCCGCCUCGUCCCCAUCUUGGGCUGCUUUGGUCUCGGUCUUGAAUGAUUACCGUCAGUCCGAGGGCAAGCCAAAUCUCGGCUUCAUCAACCCCCUGCUAUACUCUCAGAACGCUACUGCUGCGAUUCGUGAUGUUACCUCUGGCAACAACUAUGGCUGUGACAGCGACGGCUACUCGGCAGCGACAGGUUGGGAUGCGGCAUCUGGUCUUGGAACGUUUGACUUUGCUAAGCUUCGUGCUUUACUCUAA